AUGUUUAUGAUCAAGAACGUCAGCAAAUAUCUCUUUGGAGACGCCUCUAAAGAAGUCAUCGCCGAAAUCCCCCAAGGCCAGCUCUACAUUGUCCGCCCGCUAUCACCCAAAGGGUACUCCGAGCUCAUCUACAAAGACGCCGUUGCGACGAUCAGAAGAACUGGGCAGGAGUUCCAAUACCAGCUAGUCAUUCAACGUGCCUACGAAGAAGGAGAGGAAGAGCUAGCAGAAGACGACGAGGACGCCGCGACCGAGACUCUGGAUAAGGACGAAAAGACUUUCCUUCUCGACGAGAGUUUGCAUUUCAGAUGCGAAAAGAGAUCUGGCGGCGAAUCUGUCCUUGCCUGGCGGGACUUGAGCGGGGAUCCUGGUGAUCUCUACGAAUUCGUCUGUGACACUUCGGUCCAGGAAGAGAAGAUACAGACAUUCCUACUAGCGGCCGUCGACUGCCAGUACGAACGCAAGUACCGAAAAUCCUCCCAAAAUGCAACCGAUGCCGAACUGAAAGAAUUCUACUUCGAAACCGACGACGCCAUUCCCGCUGCUAGCCCCCUCACAGACUCGAUAGACGAAAUGCCCACCUCCAAAGAAUCGGCCGAGCGAAUGGCCAAGGAUGUCCAAACCCCCAAGAAAGCGAAUAUUAGUCAACCACGAGAGCCAACUACAGAGUCAACAGUAGCACCGGUGGCGAAGACUGCACCGAGCUCUGGACAAGUCCUCACAAAACAGAAUGGGGAGUUGCAUCUCUUCGAUUUCAAUUCUGGCACUUUCAUUCUCCAAGAUCCAUCUGUCGUUGCCGUUGUUUCCGACCUUGGGAAAUGGCGAUAUUGGCUGCAAAUUACCAGCUCGGAUGGUAGGGAAUGGCUUGGACAAGAGGUUGUGGCAGACAUCAAUCCGGUCUUCAACUUCGAAUAUCUGUCGGUCAUCUUCAAUCACUACACCGAUGAUGGAUCUGCAUACUCCUGGCUUCUGCGCUUCCCUAAUCAAUCAGUGCUCGAACAAUUCCAAGAAGGGAUCAUGCAAGCACUAUGGGAACAGCUGAAUGAGAUGAAAUGGUCAAAAGUCCAGGACCCUGAUCGUGAAUACGUGUUUGAAGCCUUCAAUGAUAUAACGCUGGACGACGCGGGUGAAGCGGAGGAGGAAGAGGGCGAAGAAGAAGACGAAGACGAGGAAGAGUCUGAGGGUGGGCAGCAAAGUGAACACUACGACACAGACGAGUCAGAGGAUGAUGUCGAGCUGGAUGACAAGGAUGGAAACGUCAAUUCGCAGUUGGCCGUGGGUACGAAGCACGAUCGAUCAUUCGUUAUCCGAGGCUCCAAGAUUGGUGUUUUCAAGCAUCUGCCAAAUCGACAUCUUGAGUUCACAACCAACAUCUCCAAAGUUGAGACGCCGAAGGGACGCAUAUUCUCACCAAACAAAGUGAUGCUGCAUUCUGAGGACCAAAACAUGAUCCUCCAAGACGCCGACAAUCCCAACUCCCUCUUCCGCAUGGAUCUCGAAUAUGGCAAAGUUGUCGACGAAUGGAAGGUUCAUGAUGAUAUACCCGUGAUCAACUUUGCCCCAGAAACGAAAUUCGCCCAACGUACGUCGGCGCAGCCAUUUAUUGGUCACAGCAAGAAUGCCAUCUUCCGGAUAGAUCCUCGCGUCGCUGGCAACAAACUUGUGGAAAGUCAACUAAAGCAAUACAUGUCAAAGAACGACUUCUCUGCUGCAGCGACAACCGAGAAAGGUCAUAUCGCAGUGGCAUCGAACAAGGGAGACGUUCGCCUCUUCGACCGAUUGGGUGUCAACGCCAAAACUCACAUUCCUGCUCUCGGUGAAUCGAUAAUUGGUCUCGAUGUCAGCGCCGAUGGUCGAUGGAUUCUUGCAACCUGUCGCACGUAUCUCCUCCUCAUCGACUCUCUCCAGAAAGACGGCAAGAACGAGGGCAAACUCGGCUUUGAGAGGUCUUUUGCGAAGGACAGCAAGCCUCAGCCACGACGACUUGGCCUCAGCCCUAGUCACGUGGCCCAAUUCCAACACGAGACGGGCGCUCCUCUGUCGUUCACGCCCGCGAAAUUCAACACUGGUCUAGACAGCAGUGAAACGAGCAUCAUCACCUCGACGGGACCUUUUCUUGUCACCUGGAGCCUUAAGAAGGUCCUUGCUGGCAGUAAGGACCCGUACCAGAUCAAGCGCUAUACUGCGCAGGUCAUGGCCGACAACUUCGAGUUCGGGUCCGACAAGAACGUCAUCCUCGCUUUGCCCAACGAAGUCGACAUGGUCAGCCGGCGGAGCUUCAAGAAGCCGACCAGGGAGAGCAUUGCAGGACCGCCCGCCAGGAUCAGUGGAGGCCUCGUCACACCUAGACGCAGUGGCAGACAAAGCCACUUGAGAAACGAGAUCGUCAAUAGUCCUUACUAA